GUCUUUUGUCAUCCGGGCGUACAUGGGAGAUCCAAUGAUCCAUGCAGUCCUCAUCGAUUUACUAAUUGCCUCUCACUUUUUUAAAUUAUUAUCCUCUGUCCUUUAUGCAUAUUGUAUGUAGAAACUUAACUGUUCUUACGGUUUUCAUUUUCCGGCAACUGUUUGGCAAUGUUCCCAGAUUAUAUUUAUGUAGACAAAUGCUUCAAACUUUCGUCUUAUUGGUAUUUCAUCGACAUAAUCGCUUUCAUUAUCAAUUUACGAAAUCUCACAAAAACAUUGCUUAUUUUAUACGUCCUAUUUCUUCGAGGUACGGGAUUAUGUCCAGUAAAAUUAAAUUGUUUCUAUCGUAUUCAGGGUCGUAAUCUUGGAUGCACUAUGCAAUGGCAAUACAUUAAUGUAAUAGCAAUAAUAAUACGACCUGAAUAGGCCCCGAAUUCUUUUCAGAAUCUAUUGAACCGGUUCAUAAAAAGAUCGCUGGCACAAUCAGUGUUUACUAUCCCGUCAGCAAACUGGAAAGACGGGGUUAGUGCUUUGCUCGUUCAUAUGCAGACAUGAUGAACGGAUCCACACACAGUCGGAGCAAUUCCUGGAGAGAAAAGAACAACGACUCUGCGGACGGACAGUCCAGAGCUCAGUGGAGCACACAGUCCUUCACCGCGGAGGACAUUAUCCAGCAGUUCGCGCUGCCACAGAUUGUGAAAUGUAAUCAGCAGGCCAUUUUGGUCAAGCGAGAUGUUCCACUACCAAUUAACCUGGCACAACCGGUGCUGCUCCACGACAAACGAACGAUCCGGAAGCUGUUGGCGAGAAACGUCGUACUGAAUCCCGCUACCCAGCGUUAUAGUGAAAAUGACGAAACUGUCGUCAUCCCCUCCGAUUAUGACGGUCUCUUUCUCCGUUUGCAGUCCAGGACAGCCAAAGACCACACAUGUCACAAAAGCAUCGAGUCUCUGGCUAAACAUAAAGUCAGGGCAUUCCUUAACCUCAGCAAAAUGGCAGCUUUCCAAAUCUCCAGGAAUCCCCAGUCUAACGACUAUCUCCAAAUAAACUACACCCCAGGAAACGUAUUCCUAGUGGAAAAAGUAUUCCAAGGGUCCGCCCGCGUCAAGUCUGAGUCCAUUCUGUCUCGGAAAUCCACGCAAAUUCAACAAAUCAAAUAUCUAAAAUGCAAAGAUGAAAAGGAUGUGGAUGUUUUAAUUCCGAUGUCGCAGCCAGGGGAGUUUAUCGAAGCGCUUUCGAGUCCCACGGGUAACGGACGAAUGUCUGUCAAUGCUGAGAGCCUUAUUGCUACGCAGAAGUUUCCAAUCGUUAUCCGCUUUAUCAGCGGCAGAAACAGACCACGUCUGACGUCAUUCUCGGGGCUUUUCACACUUUUAGACUCUUUUGAAGAAACGACCUUGUUUGGUUGCAUUCUGGACCCACACGGUUUCACGAUGCUGGAACUUCCGGUUUCUUCACCUCUGACUUUUCAGUUAGCACUCAAUACGCAUGAUCUGUAUUCACACCCCGUGGUGAAGAAAGCUUUGCGCUUAUGUGACGCAAAAGGACACGCGUAUUUCAGAGAAUUGAAGUAUAAAUUUAAAUUUGCUCAAAGAAUUCUUCAAAUAAGCGGAAGACGAAUUGAGCCGGAAGACGAAAACGAUCCCGGUGAUCCACCAAGUGCUGCAAAUUCUGCCAAGUUCGGAGUGACCACCACUUAUAUUUACCUGUGAAUCUGAAGACAUUGUAUACUGAAUUAUGAUAAUGUUCACCUGUAAAUAGUCCUGAAAUAUCAUGAAUCAAAUGUAUUAUAUACCUCUAGUAUUACUGAUAAUGCUAUAUUCGUGCAAUAAUAUUUGUUGAUAUUCUAUCGUAUUACCCCUUUUGUAGUGUGGAUUACAUGAAGGAAUAAGAAAUUUAAGUAUAAAUUGACAUCUUUUUUCAGUAUUGGCACUCAGUAUUGGAAUAAGCAGGGUAUAUUCUAUACAGCAUAUAUCUAUAUCUGAUGAAACAUGCAAUGCCACUACUAAUUUUCAAUAAACAACCAUUAGUGCU